AUGUUUAAAUUUGAUGUCCCUUUGGACAAAAAAGAAUCUGCUUAUAUUGAACGACGACGCCGACUUGAAGAGGAACGCAAAGCAAGAAUUUUCAACUCUAAAUAUAGGACAAUAGGAUUCAAUUUCUGUAUAGUUAUUUUAGUGAAUGACCUGUUAUACAAUUGUAAAAUUUCUCAAAUUUAUGAACAGCAAGAAUCUGAAAAUCAGAAAGCAAUUAACAAGGCAUUAAAUGAAUUCAGAUCAAAUAACCAGAAGCCGGAAACGAGAAGAGAAUGGGACUUAAAUGAUCCUAAUUACCUCAAAAAGUCGACACCUGCUAGAAUUUCAAAUGACGACAUUCGAUGUGGUCCUGCUAGCAUUCAAAAAUUUGAGGGAGAAGAUCUCGAGUCUAAUAUUAGAAAAUUGUACCAACAAGAACAAAAUCGUGAAUGGUUAAAUCAGCAAAUGAACGCUAUUCAAGAAGAGAAGAAUAGACAAGAAGAAGCAGAUCGAAUAUAUAAUCAAAGAAUCAAAGAACUUGAUGACAGAUUAUGCGAACUUACACAAGCAGAAGAACAAUGUCGUCGUUCAGUAAACGAAGCUCUAACAAAGUACAAUCAAGAAUUGUCUAAACAAAAAAACCAUGAAAAUUUGAGAGAAAAUGAGAAAUUAAACAACAAUAGAAUAACGCAUAUGCUCAAUGUAAUAAACAGCGACAUGCUUACCGAAAAUCCUCAAGUCGCUCAGUCAGCAUUUGGUCCCAACAGAGUAAUAACAGAUCGAUGGAAAGGAAUGUCUGAGAAACAAAUUAAAGAUAUUGAAGACAUAAGAAAGCAACAAGUGGAAAAUAACAAUAGAUUAAAAAAAGAAGAAAAGUUAGCAAAUGAAAUGUGGAAUGAGCAACUAAAUGCACGAGACAGAGCAGCAUUGUUAAUUGAACGAGAAGAGCAAAGAAAGAAAAUUGAACUUAACAAGAAAAACUGCAGAGAAAAUCAACAACUGGCAUUAGAACAGAGAGGAUAUAGAGAUUAUUUGGAUCGCCGAAUUUACACUAAUGAACCGCAAUUCUUUUCUCAGUUUAACACGACCUCUCGCUAAUUUAAUCUUUUAAA